AUGCCUCCUCCUCUUCUCUCUCCACUCAUCAUUCAACCCAUCAUCCCAUCCCCACCACGUCCACCAUCCGCUCGUCCAUUCUCACCUUCACCACCAAGAGAAAACCGGCAUACUUCAUCUCGACCACCAUCGUUACUCCUCGGAGUUCCUUCAUUACCCAUUGGUACCGUCGCUUCGUCCACCAGCAUGAGUCUCUCAGGUUUGCCACCCACCCCUUCACCCAAAAAGAUCACAGAGGAUCCUGCCAUCCGACCUCGAUCAGGUCCACGAACUGGGUUCUUCGAUGAACUUGAAACGGAUCGGGCCAGACGCAAGAGAAGAGACAGUGAAGCCAAGAAGGGCCAGGGGUUGGGUGAAGGAGAAUUUGUCAAUAGGCAGCAACUCCCGACCAGCAUCAGGAGCAGGCGUAGUACGAGUAGAGCCGAUUCAGAAUCUUCCACCUCAUCCGCCUCUCCACCCCUUGGAGCAGCCUCCAUCUUGGCAGCUCUUGCCGGCAAUAACUCUCGACCUCUUUCCCCUCGCACUCCAUCUAUCCGUCCCGCCCAAUCGUUCAACUCGAUCAAUUCCGGAAUCGGCAGAUCCCCAUCAAUCACCGGUGAUACCGUUGCCUCCCCCGCACCUUCCAUCAGAUCCGAAGGGAACCCAGUCAAUUCCCCCCGAGGUCGCAGAGGAAUCACUAAUGUCCGUUCUUUCCCACGUCUACAUCAACCUACCGUAGUCCGUACUCAUUCAGGUCGGGGUGUAUCUUUCCUCCCUCCGCCGGUGCAAGUAUCUCCAAGUACAUCUGGUGUGACGUUCCAUCAUCCCAGUGGUGAAAUCUCACCGGCAAGGCAGAGAAGUAUGACCAGUCCUACCCUCCCACCUUACGUACCUGAGGCGCGAUCCCGUUCUCCAGGUGCCAGAUCUCUUUUCCCCGCUCGAAGAGGGAUGAGUUCUGCCGGACUCGGCUCUCCAGACUUUGGUAACCUCAGUGCCAUGCUCAGACAAGGCAGAAUCGACGUUGCCCCAAGAAAAUCGUCAGACGUGGUGGAUGAGCCAGAAGAAUAUAUGGAAGAGCCCAGUGUCUUAGACAUCGAUCAGUCUGCGGAACCGGUCGAGCCAAUCCCCUUUACCGGCGAGACUUCCGAGCCGCCAGAACUGGCGAUGGUCAAAGAACCUGAAGAACGAAUUGAUUCAGAAUUUACCACGUUCGCCGAGGCGGAGGAGGUUCUCAGUCCAGAACUUGUAGGCCACACGGAGCCCGUAGAAGACGUCAAUCUCAUAUCCCUCGAGGAGUCUGAACCCGCCACUCCGCGGAACGGACCUCCGGCUGUCCUGGAACCUCCCCGACCUGUCGAUAUCUUGGAGGAUGGUAUGUCUGACCUGCCUCGAUCCGACGAAAGAACCGACGAUGUACCCCGAAAUGUGGUUGAGAGUUUGGCCCAGCCUGAUGAUCUCACUACGUCUAUCAAUUCAGUCGAGGCCACGGAGCCUGCCAAAGUUGUCGAGCCUGUUAAACCUCUUGAACCCAUCGAGUCUACGUUGUCAAUCCUGCCCCAGGCUCCUGUCGAAGUUGAAGCCAUGCCGAAAAUAGCAGAGUCGCCUCAACCUUCAAUAUCACAGCAGAAUGCUCAACCCCAUGGGCCCCUCCCCAUCAGCAACGUACCGACAUUUGAAGAUAGCAACACAUCCAAACCGGUCAACAAUUCUCCAGAGCGAGCCUCACCUGCCGUUGACAUGACUAGACAAGUUGCCGAAGCCUUCGGGGCUCCGGAGCCUAGCCCUAGGCUGAAGUCGAUCAUGGCGCUUUCGGAGUUUGUCCAAUCGUUCAAUUCUGUGCAAUCACCUGCACCCAUCCAAAUUACCCCGCCUGUCAAUUCCUCGGAUCCUGUGGGUGACACCGAGCAUUCCCAUGCUGAUGAGGAGUCCGAAGCUGCGCCAGUCGAAGAUCCCCACGAGCCGAUCGGACUUCCCUCGUCGGCCGAAUCAGACGCCAAGUCUGAUGACCUGCACGAAGUUCCCCAUGAAGCUGGAGAGAAACCACGUCCAAAGCUCUGGAUCACUCUGGACGAAAUUGACCAAUCGCCCAAUGACCUACCCCCUCUACCAUCGAUGACUCCCAGCGAAUACAUGACGGCCAGUCCUGGGUUCUCGAUCAAGUCCGCUGUUCCAAGCUCGGAAAGUCACACACCUUCCGGUAUCCUAGACUCUCCCGUGGAAUCUGUUCACCCUCUCAUCCAGCCCCAGUCCCCUGAACAUGUCUCUGGUCAUGCUGGGGCUAUCACAAAGGAAAUCUUGGACGAGAAUAGCACUUCCGAGGGAAGCUCCGAUAGUGGAACAAUUGACGAGCACGUUUUGAACGAGGUCGUCCAUCCUACUCACGAAACAAUCACAGACCAGCUCCGACUCUCAUCUUCCGACGCUCCUGACUCGUCUCAAGUUCCUAUCUCACCUCCUCAUCCCGACUGCAACAAUGAAGCCAACUCGAAACCGUCCAAUCUGUCUUCCGCACAUGCUGAACUCGCAACCGAAGUCGAAAGCGAAUCCGAAGCGUGUCCAGUUAGCGAGUCUAACGAGAACUAUGACCUUCCAUACGUACCUCGUACAAUGUCCAAACUCACUCGACCAACCUUCAAUAUUGACCAACUUACUCGUUCUCCUGGCUCAUCCGACAGACUCUCAUUCACCCUCUCCGCUUCACUCUCACGUUCCACCACUAUCCCCUUUUCCCAGAGUAGGAGAAUCGAAUUGGACCUGGCUUGGCCAUCUGAACCUCUGAAUCUCACUUGGAUCCCGGGAAGGAGGUACGUGCCGGAUUGGCAGUUGAGGUAUGUGGGACCACAUCAUCGUUUGGGCAGUCCGACCGUUGGUGAGGUGGUGGAAGAGAGCAGGGAACAAGUGAGGGGAUUGGUAAGGAGGUUGCCUAUUGUCGGAAGGGUUGCGGGGUGGCUUUAA